GAGCACGUUUAAUUUAUUGACAAGAGAUUUUGUUGCAUUACAACCUAAUGAAGUAAAUCAAUAUAGAUCAAAUCUAUAAAAAUCUGUCAUUUAGACUAAAAGAUUUACCGACUCGGAAAUGUUGUCGGUGUCUAGAUGAUCGGCUAUACUAUCCCGAUUGUGUAGAAUUUAUCUAACCUACCGAUAAUCUAUCUAUAUGAAAGUUCUUUUCAAAAAUUGCAAGAAUGCAGACACGUUCACAAACUCGAAAAAUGGCUGCUAAACUUGCAACAAAAGUAGAUGAUACAGCGCAGGCUAAUAGCAGCCUUACAGGACAGAGCGGUUUCCCUGAACAACCUCAAGAACAGAAAGCUGCGCCAGAACAAGAACAAAUUCAGAAAUCUGAAGAAUGUAACGAUAGUGCAAAAGAUAUAGAGCAACAGGAAGAUGAAAAUGCCAUAAAUGACGGUUGUGAGGAAGACAUAAGGCAACAGGAAUAUGAAAUUUCCAUAAACGAUGAUUGUGAGGACGACGAUGAUAGUAAAAACGAAGAGGAGAUGGAGUCGUUAUUAUUAAAAAAAGCCGAAGAAUCUUUACGGACAAAUCAAAGUGCAAAAAAUGACAAUAAGGUGUGGAACGAAUUCAGCUUCCCAAGUUUGAAUGUUGGUGUUUCAAUCGAUGAACAACUAUAUAUCAAGAGGCAUCCUGGGGGUAUUGUCACGCUACGGCAGGAUGAAAUAAGUCAAGAUGGUUCAUCGAAGAAGCAUAAAACUUCCAAUAAAACGGUACAAUCUUCGUCUAAAACCGCAUCUACAACUGAUGAUAAUGAUCAAGAUUCAUAUGCAAAACUUAGUAAGAAAGAAAAACAAAGAAUACGCGAAUCAACAGCUGGACCGGGAUGGUUUGAUAUGAAGAAACCUGAAAUUACACCUGAGAUAAAGCGUGAUCUCCAAAUUAUUAAAUUAAGGAAUGUAUUGGAUCCAAAAAGAUUUUACAAGAAGGAUGAUUCAAAAGGGCUACCAAAAUAUUUUGAGAUCGGUACGAUAAAAGAAGGGCCGGCAGAAUUCUACUCUUCCAGGAUACCGCGAAAAGAACGAAGACAAACAAUAGCGGAUGAACUUCUGACAAAUGAACAAUCUAAACGCUACUUUAAAAGAAAAUUUUCCGAGAUUCAAGAGAUUAAGCAAAGUGGGGGUAAAAAAUACUACAAACAGCUCAAGGCGAAAAGAAGACCUAAUUGGGAAAAAAAAUUUUAAGAGUGCAAAAACUGACAUGGAUAAAAAUAACGCCUUAAAAAUUAUAUUACUGGUGUGAAAGUUGUUUUUAAUUAUUAUAGAAACCUUUUUGAAAAGAUUUUGUGUUUAUAGAAUCAAAUAUAAUACAGAUUUAUUUAGAUUUUCUUCAAAUUCUCUAGAAAAUACU